AUGGGAAGUGAUACUGAUGAUGAUGUAGCAUAUAGACCUUUCCAUUCAGAUUUUCUAAAACAAUGUCAAAAUGAUGAAAAUGAUCUAUUGGAACUUUUUGUCAAUAUGUCACAAAACAAGAAUUAUUAUGAGAAUUUAACACAAAUAAGUGAAAAAUCUUCAGCUGAAGAUAAUGAAAUAGAUGAUGCUAUUAGGAUGGCUUAUGAAAAUACUAUAUCAUUUACAAAAUUAUUAAAAAUGAAUCAUAUAUCUUUUUCUAUUUCAGACCUAAUUAUUAAUGAUUCCAAAAUAGAGGCCUAUUCACAUUCAAAUAUAAUGGGAUUGGAUAAUACACAUGAAAAUAUUAAUACUAAUACUGCAAAUCAAUUAAUCACACGAAUUACAAGUAAUGAUUCUGGGAUUACAAAUUGUUAG